CAGACCCGAUGUGAAAUGGAGAAGUACCUGACGCCCCAGCUCCCUCCCAUUCCCACCCUUCACGAGCAUAAAAAAUACCGGCGAGACAGUGCCUCGGUGGUCGACCAGUUCUUCACUGACAGCGACGGGUUGCCUUACAGCAUCAACAUGAACGUCUUCCUCCCCGACAUCACGCACCUGAGGACGGGCCUGUACAAACCGCAGAGGCCGCCGGUCCCCCACAUCAAGACGGAGCCUGUCAACGCCUUCAGCCACCAGAGCGAAACUGUCCCUCCCGGCCCCGGCUCGACUCAGGCCCUCCCCGAGUUCACGAGCAUCUUCAGCUCCCACCAGAACCCCGAUGUGAACAACAUCUUUAUCAAGCAGGAGAUGCCCACGCCGGAUCUUCACCUUUCCAUCUCGGCCCCCCAGCAGGGCCAACUCUAUCAGCUCCUCAGUUCUCCGGAUCUAGAUAUGCCGAACCCGACCACGCAAGCCGCGGUGAUGGACUCCCUCAGCAGCGUCUCUAUGUCAUCCACCAUGGCGGGCCUGAACACCCUGUCGCCUGCGAUGCCCCAGACGACGAUGAAGCCCUUCCAAGGGAUCCCUCAGUGCACGUACACCAUGCCAAACCAGUUCCUUCAGCAGCAAGCCCCUUAUUUCCCGCCUUCUCCCCCCAGCUCGGAGCCCGGCAGUCCAGACAGGCAAGCCGAAUUGCUACAGAAUCUGACCCCCCCUCCGUCCUAUGCCGCCACCAUCGCGUCCAAGAUGGUGAUUCACAAUCCCAGUUUGCCUGCGAACCUCCCAAUGAAUACGCCCACCAUGCCGACGGUCAGAUACAACAGGAGGAGUAAUCCCGACUUGGAGAAGAGACGCAUUCACUACUGUGAUUAUCCUGGUUGCACUAAAGUAUAUACGAAGUCUUCCCACUUAAAAGCACACCUGCGGACUCAUACUGGAGAGAAGCCAUACAAAUGUUCCUGGGAAGGAUGUGACUGGAGAUUCGCUCGCUCCGAUGAGCUGACCCGCCACUACAGGAAGCACACCGGAGCCAAGCCUUUCCAGUGCGCCGUGUGCAACCGCAGCUUCUCCCGAUCUGACCACUUGGCCCUGCACAUGAAGAGACAUCAGAACUAGGGCCAGCCAGGGACUUCCUCCUCCACGAAGGCUGGGGUGGUAUCUAUGCAACACCUUCGUAACUCGACUUCGAGUAUACGGUUUCAGUUAGGAUUUUAGAUUUUAAGUAUUUUGUGUAUGAACUCUUCUUGCUUUUUAAAACAGGAAAGUAAAAAAAACAAACAAAACAAAACUGGAAAUGUGUAUUUUGUAAUAUUUAUGAGGAAACAGGGGAAGACACUGUGUUGUCAUACUUGGGGAAGUGUCCUGCCAUUUUAAGGCUGUACAGAUUUUGCUGUUCACAAGGCUUCAUCUCAGGGCCACCUGCCAUUGAUGUAUAUUUUGCAGAUAUGGACUGGUUAGUGCCGCAUGGGUAUCCGCAAACAAAAGCCCCUGCUGGGAUUGGUUGUACAAAGCAUUUGAUUUUAUAUAUGGACACUUUGUAAAGCUGUAGUUGGACAUGCGUGCAGAAGGCAGAAUUUUAUCGUUCUUGCAGAGUGUCCAGAGGCUUUCGCAUAAGGUGUUAUUCCUCUUGUCUGUGGGCAUGAAAAUGACUGUGAGCACUGCUACACCGCAGACUUAAACUGUUUCAAUAUUCCAGCCCCCUUCCCCAUGGGCACUGUUUGGUGAGUUGGGAGGGGCUGGUGUUCUCUGCCACAUCAAACUACAGUUCUGUGAUGCGGGGGGCGGGGGCGGGGAGGAGCCUUGGCUCUAAAAUUGAUAUAAGCUUUAUCCAAGACUUGCCCUAGCUCAUGUCUGCAAAAUGUGAUAUGGGAAGUGUCCCUAAAUUUAAGUAUUAUGUCUCAGAUGCUCUGGUUAUCUAUAUAUAUAUAUUUUAAGUGUCCUGACCAAAGCACUGUUUCUCUUAUAUAGACAGUGUUUAGGAAAUAUAACUUAAUUUGAAUUUGCAGCCAAACAAAUAUUUGAGGACAAGCCACAAUUUAUUUU